UGUUUUUACCGCUUUUGGUAUGUUUUUCCAGAAAAUCCUGGGUUUUCAAUAACCAAACUCUUGGAGGAUGUGAGUCACCAUGGUCACACCCAGACAGAGGCCCUAAAGGAGAGACAGAGGACCCUCAGCUCCCUGCAGGCAAAUCUUUCUGAUGUUGAGAAGAAAUUUGAGCCCGCAGAGCAGGAGCUAAGAUCCAAAGUGAGAGAAAUUCUGAUGCUCGAGGGCGAACUGGAGCAUCUCGGGAGGCAAACCGAUGUCCUGCGCGGCCGCUGUGUGUCUGUCAACAAGGAGAAUACACAGCUACAGAGUCUCAUCCGGGAGGAGGAGGAGAACGGUCACCUAGCCGCGGCGAAGUUCGUCGCCUACCGAAAGAAGAUGGAAAGCCACCGAGCAGCCGUGUGGGAGGCCGUGAGCCUGACCGAGGCCCAUAAAGAGCUGGAGGGGAAGAAGGUGCUGGUUCAGAAGCUGAGAGAGAAGAAAGAUCAGCUGAGGGAGGAUUUGGAAAAUCCAAAUGGAAGCACAGUGCAGAUAGCAAAGGGAGAGAUUGAUGCUUUAAGGAACGAGAUCUCUGGGAGGAAGAUGACCAUAACUGAUAUGAGAGAACAGCUGAAGAAGGAGUGUGAUGGUCAUGGCCACUUAAGAAAAGAGAUACAGAUCCAGUCUAGGCGCCAUGAGGCCAUCGUCAAGCGUCUCCAUUGCCAACUGAGCAGAGCUCAAGCCAUCUACAGGCAGGUGUCGGACGACAUCUACCACCUGCAGAGGCAGCUGGCUGAGCUCAAGAAGCAGCAGCAAUCGUGAUGAGACAGCCAUAAGCGGUCCGAUUGUUGUCUCAGAGUUGUCGAAUCCAGGUCAGAUGCUCUGUAACGGGGAUAAACGGAAGCCUGAAGGAUUUGCAGUCGUGUUCGUUUGGGUGACUGUUCGCUGUUGUACUUCAGCUGAACAGCAGGGGGCAGCAGCGCCCACUAAAUAUCUGUCUGUGGGUCUUGCAUGAAGAGGCUGUCAGUGAAUACACAAAAAUGAAUAUAUAUGAAAGCUUACUUGUA